CUACUUCAACUCUUCAAGUGAGUUGGCGUUGGCUCAUUUGCCUUUUGAUUUUUUGAACAACUUCAAGUUGCUGCGUAGCACCACAAGAUGUGAUAUCCAGAUUUCUCCCAGAAAUUUGUAGUAUUCGUUCGAGAAAUUCUAUAGAAUUUCUUUGUUUUAGAUUAACUGUGCAAAAUUUAUUGCGUCGCUUUAUGGUUUAUCUAUCUCCCUAGUACAGAGUAGUGCUAGCGCAGCGUAAUAGUACUUAUCAAAUCAAUCGUUUUUUAUCAUUAGCUUUUAUCAAAGAGGACCAUUGUAUAACGUCGUGUCACAAUGGGAGACGCUGCCAAAUCAUCGCCUUCGUACUCGUUACGCCAACGGCCAACAAAAUCUGUCAGCCCAACUGGCAGUAGAAGUAGUCGUCGUUCUGCGCCUAAGCCCCGACUUUCCAGAAAACGUUCCCAUUCUCCGCAAGUGUUAGUCGAUAACAUGGCUGGCGAACUAGACGACGACACUGCCUCGCAAACGAGCUCGGGCUCGGAGGACAGUCCCCGUUUCACGUAUACCCCGUCGACAUCCAAAGAGACCUCCCCUGUUCCUGCUCGUUCCUACGCCGACACCGAUCCCUUAGUCAAAGAGCCGCCCAUGAACGAACAGCCACCGUUGGCCUUGACAUUUGCGGCUUUGUAUUCGGAUGGUGAACUGGCGCAGCAGGAGCGUGAUCGAGUAAAUUACGAUGUGCAGGUCUCUCUGGAGAAAGCUAAAGCGGGAGAGUGUGAUCGGCCAAUUCGUGUCUACGCUGAUGGGAUUUACGACCUGUUCCAUGCAGGUCAUGCCCGCCAAUUGAUGCAAGCCAAAACAGCUUUCCCUUCUGUUUACUUGAUCGUGGGAGUUUGUAAUGAUGCCUUAACACAUAAAUUAAAAGGAAAGACGGUAAUGAAUGAAUGGGAGCGCUACGAAUCCGUGCGUCACUGUCGCUAUGUGGAUGAAGUGUACCGCAAUGCCCCGUGGGUACUAACACCGGAAUUUCUAGCGGAAAACAAAAUCGAUUUCGUGGCCCAUGACGACUUACCGUACGGGGCCGAUGAUCACGAUGAUAUUUAUCACUGGGUAAAACAGGCUGGACGUUUUGUCGCUACUCAGAGGACCGAAGGAGUGUCCACUUCUGAUGUUGUUGCCCGUAUUGUUCGAGAUUACGACAUCUACGUACGGCGGAAUCUAAAGCGUGGCUAUACCCGGAAGGAUUUAAAUGUCGGCUUUAUGAAAGAAAAGCGCAUCCAGUUCCAGGAGAAAAUAGGCACGAUUCGCAAGCGCACCCAGAAAGUUGUGGAAGACAUUGAGGAGCGCAGCCAUCAAGUGCUGAACAAGUGGGAGGAAAAAAGUCGUGAAUUCGUGGAUAAUUUUCUGCUGCUCUUCGGCCAGCAGGGUCGGUUAAAUCGAAUGUGGAGUGCCAGCAAGAAAAGCUUGAAAAGGGCCCUGUCACCCAGCGCUUCGGACGAAGAGGCCAGUGAUACUGAGGACAAGCCAACGGUCUCCAGGAAACGUCGACGGGAAGCGGAUUUAAGUGAGGAUGAAGACGAAGGAGCCAGUAAUUACAGCAGCAAAGCAGCUCCCUUGUCGACGUCGUUGGAAAGCUGAGGUGGACAGACAAAUCACUGAGUGCUUGCUUGCGCAUGGGAUAUUUUUAUUUUAAGCACUACUCAUUGUGGAAGACCUCGAGAUUGAUCGAUUGUAGCUGCGCUAGGCUGGGAGUACAGCUUCCUAUUUAAGUCGGCGGGUUUCCUGGUUUCCUUAAUUAUUGUUGUUUUGCAUUUUUUGGUUUGAGCAAGGAAAGGUGAUAAAUAAUGUUGGCUUUGACCGGUGUGCAUUUUGAUUUCCUGUCGAAUGUUCAAUGUUGUUGUUUCUGUAUAUUUACUGCCAUUCUGCCAACUUGUUACUGUGCCACUUGUCGCCAUGGUUGAUGGUCGCUCAGAAUUCGAACACAUUAUGCGCGAUUGCAAAAUGUAUGUUGGGUUGGAUCACAGUCAUAAAAUGGUAGCAUCA